AUGGAGUCUGGGAUUUGGGCAUCUGUUUGGAGCUUCAUCAAGUUCCUGCCUUUCUUCUUUGCGCUUCUCCUCCUCGGCAUCAUCAAAGGUGCUUUGUUUGGCCCAUGGGCAUGGCUCGUCAUGACAAUUGGAAUCUCCGCACUUAUUCUAGGCUUGUGGCCUAUGCAUGUGAUUUGGACAUAUUACUGCAUCAUCAGAACCAAGAUGGUAGGACCGGUCGUAAAGUUGCUGCUUCUUAUCGCUGCAACUGUGGUUUUGUUUCUAUGGCUAAUAAUUGGCGUCGCGGGAAGCAUCCUUGCUGGUUUGGCUUAUGGCUUUCUAGCACCAGUAAUGGCUACAUUUGAUGCAGUUGGGGAAGGAAAAGAAAAGACACUUGUUCACUGUUUUUUGGAUGGAACAUGGAGCACUAUCACAGGAAGCUGUACAGUAGUCAGGGACGUGAAAGACAUGUUGGUACACUCAUAUUUUUCAAUCAUGGAUGAAGUUCGUCUUCAUGCACCUCCCGAUGGCAAGCCAUAUGAGAUAAGAUUGCUACAAAUUCCUGGUGCAAUAUUUGCUGCUGCUUGUGGGCUUGUAGUGGAUGCAAUAAUGUUCACACUAAUUGCCUUGUACAAGUUCCCUGUUAUGCUAUUCAAAGGAUGGAAGCGGUUGAUUGAAGAUCUUGUUGGCAGAGAAGGACCUUUUCUUGAGACAGCUUGCGUGCCGUUUGCUGGUCUUGCAAUUCUUCUCUGGCCAUUUGCAGUUAUAGGAGCUUUUCUAGCCUCUGUUAUCUGCAGUGUUCCGUUUGGUGCAUAUGCUGCUGUGGUGGUUUAUCAGGAAUCCUCACUUUUCUUGGGACUGUCUUAUGUAAUAUCAUCAGUAUCCAUCUUUGAUGAAUAUACAAAUGACGUACUUGACAUGGCACCAGGAUCUUGCUUUCCUAGGUUUAAAUAUAGGAAAAAUGAAGCUUCCUCACAUGGUGGUUCUCUCUCGAGGCACGGUUCAUCCAAGGACAAGCAUGAUGGAAAGAAAGCUCCUCAGCGCGUAACAUCAUUUAAAAGUAGCUUUGAUGAGUUCAAUCCAUUCAAGUUGCUAGAUCACCUUUUCAUAGAGUGUAAGCACCGUGGCAAGGAUCUGGUCGCUGAAGGAGUGAUAACCCCAAAAGAUAUAGAAGGAACAAAGGCAGGCAAAGCUAGCACUGGAGUACUUAAUGUUGGGUUACCAGCAUAUGUUAUCCUUAAGGCACUCCUCCGAUCUGCUAAAGCCAAUUCUGAUGGUCUGAUUCUAAGUGAUGGAUCUGAGAUAACAUCUGACAAUAGGCCUAAGAGUAAAGUCUUUGAGUGGUUUUUUGACCCUCUGAUGGUCAUCAAAGAUCAAAUCAAAGCUGAGAACUUCACAGAAGAAGAGGAAGCAUACCUUGAGAAGCAAGUGCUCUUGAUAAGUGAUCCAAAGCGCAUCAAGGAGAAUCUCAUUCGGCUUCCACCAUUGAGUGAGCGAAAACAAGCAGAAAUAGAAGCAUUUGCUCGAAGGUUGCAAGGGAUCACAAAGUCGAUAUCAAGGUACCCCACAGCCAAGCGCCUGCUUCGACGCCCCUUUGUGAAGGCUCUUUCAGAAGAGCUUGCGAGGACAAUGGGUGGUAAUCAAUCUGCCAAUGGGUCUCAAGUCCGGAAGAUGAAAAGUGGCAUCGUCCGAAUGCUUAGCCAGAGAUCACUAGGGAAAACAACAGGCAUCCGUGGAGAUGAUCAUGAGGCCCAGCUGACAAGUGAUGGUCUAACUUCAUGA